GUGCUGGAGUUCGUGAAGUUAUUCGACCCGAGCUCCUACGCGAGGUUGCAGAUGAUGAAGGCCACGCAGGACUACAACAAGGUGCGGCUCAACAUGCCUGCUUUCCUGACAGCCUGUAUUUGGAUGUCCACCAGUAUCUCCAAGAAGCAGAAGAUACGAUUCCUCUUAGGUGUUUUUGAUGAGAAUGACAGCUACACCUUCGAGGAGGUAGAGUUCGUGGCCAUGCUCGUCGCGCUUUUUCGCGGAGUGGGAGCAAUUUUCGGGCUUACAUCACGUGAUGCCAUGCCCUCACACGCGCGAAUGCAGACAUUGGCCAGGAAGCUUUUCGUGAGGGUGCUUGAACUGGGUGAGCUUCGCCUGGAGGGGCCCAGCAAAGUGCUCUUGCAAAACGGAUCUGUGCCAUUUCACAUCGUCGAGGAGUGGCUGCUGGGAGAGACCUAUGAUCCGUUGAAUGUGCCAAUUGCUCUUUUCAUGGAGCGUUUUUCGGUUCCUGGUGAAGAAGAAGACCCGGAACAGUUCGAAGAUGAAGAGAGGAAGUUCCGGGUCUCUCAUACUCAUCCAGUCGAACCUCCCAUGGAAACCGCUGCGUCGUUGGAUGGCAGCUUUUUAUGUCGUGACGAGGUGGUACAAGUGAAUGUGAUUUUUCAGCAUUGCGCUUCCAAAGGAACCUUCGACAUCUCCCAUGCAGAUGCGGAGCGGAUCGCUGGUGUCGCCAUCGAUCCGAAGUUCUGGAUUGGCAAACUCCACCGAGCCCUCGACGAGAUGGAUGUUGCGCGCCAUAACGGGGUGAAGAUUUCCUUGUCCGCCUUCCUCAAGAAGCUCUGCCCCAAG